AUGAUAAAAUUGAUAAUAAAAUUUACAAUCCUUCUACGAUGAAGGAUUAAUUAUUUUGUUGAUAAAUUAUUAAGAAAAUUAUUUGCUAAUUGAAAAGUAAAUGGCAUUAGAAAAUUAAAUGAUGAACUGGAUGUAAUCUUUACAAAGGGGCGGAGCCAAAAAAAGACUUCUUGAAGGCAAAAAAAAGGUAAACCAGUUCAAACGAAAAGUAAUUUAUAAUCAGAAAAUUUCUCAGUUUACAAGCAGGCCAGAAACAAUUAUAGAUAUAAGCCAAAAAAAAUCAAUCACAAGCUUAGCUAA